AUAAAGUUUAGUGCUGGACGCUUGCAGGCAGUAGGCGCAAAACCAGACCGCUGUAUACCGUGGCUGCGCUGCGCUUCUCCGUACGGGAGUUACUAACGGGAAACAACGCAAGAGAAAAGGGACUGUGGGAUUUAUCCAAACGUAGGUUUUAUUGACUGUACAUGCACACAUUGUUUUAAUUGAAAACACGCGCUUUUGGUUACGCACAGAUCUCGCAAUGUUUCACUGCUCCUUUCUGGAUAUUUUCAUCUAUUGAAUGGCUCGGAGUGGGAUAUUGUAGCCUCCAAAACGCACGGACUACACGCGCUCCCCUCCUGUUGGGACUAUAAACACACGCUGCGGUUUCCAGGGCGACCUAACCUAACUUUGUGUUUGAGGAAAUAUCAACUUUGCCAACAUUUACAGAGCGGCAGCCGCUCAGUGUCGCGGUUACCAUGCCCGGGACGAUGGUGUCGCUCCCCGGGGCAGCAGCCUUCCUCCUCUUAUCCGGGCUGGUUGUCGGUCCGCUCAGCGUGGUGCGGGCUUUCGGCGACGAGGUGGAGGAGAUGACCUGCGACCCGAUCCGGAUCAGCAUGUGCCAGGGUCUCGGAUACAACGUCACCAAGAUGCCCAAUCUGGUCGGCAACGUGCUGCAGUCGGACGCCGAGCUGCAGCUGACCACGUUCACACCGCUCAUACAGUACGGCUGCUCCAGUCAACUCAAGUUCUUCCUGUGCUCAGUCUACGUGCCGAUGUGCACAGACAAGGUGCCCAUCCCCAUUGGUCCAUGUGGUAGCAUGUGUCUGUCUGUCAAAAGAAAAUGCCUCCCAGUGCUCCAUGAGUUUGGCUUCAUAUGGCCUGAGGUGCUCAACUGCAGCCUCUUCCCACCUCAAAAUGACCACAACCACAUGUGUAUGGAGGGUCCGGGCGAUGAGGACCCUCCCUACCAGCCCGUCCGCCAUCCUCCCCACCAGGAGGAGUGUCAGGCCCUGGGAUCUGCACCCGACCAGUACACUUGGCUCAAACAGACUGAAAGCUGUACUCUCCAGUGUGGCUACGACAGCGGGCUCUACCGCCGAGGAGCCAAAGUCUUCACAGACGCAUGGAUGGCAGUGUGGGCCGUGCUGUGCUUCCUGUCAACCACUCUGACGGUCUUGACCUUUCUGUUGGAUUCACAGCGUUUCUCCUACCCUGAGCGGCCCAUCAUCUUCCUGUCCAUGUGCUGUAAUCUGUACAGUGUGGCAUACCUGGUACGGCUGACCCUGGGGAGGGAACGUGUUUCCUGUGACCUGGAUGCCACUGCAGUACCUAUUCUAGUACAGGAAGGGUUAAAGAGCACCGGCUGUGCCAUAGUCUUCCUCCUCCUGUAUUUCUUUGGGAUGGCCUCCUCACUCUGGUGGGUGAUCCUGACACUCACUUGGUUCUUGGCUGCUGGACUGAAGUGGGGCCAUGAGGCUAUUGAGAUGCACAGCUCCUACUUCCACAUAGCAGCCUGGGCCAUCCCAGCAGUUAAAACCAUUGUCAUCCUCAUAAUGAGACUGGUGGAUGCAGAUGAUCUGACUGGACUCUGCUACGUUGGUAACCAGCAACAGGAGGCACUCACAGGCUUUGUAGUAGCUCCACUGGCUUCAUACCUUCUCAUAGGCACCCUGUUUAUCUGUGCCGGCCUGGUGGCUCUUUUCAAGAUCCGUUCCAAUCUACAGAAGGACGGUGCCAAAACAGACAAGCUGGAGCGUUUAAUGGUGAAGAUCGGAGUGUUUUCUGUUCUCUACACUGUCCCAGCAUCCACUGUCAUCGGCUGUUACCUCUACCAGCUGUCUCACUGGGGGGAGUUUAGGGCCAGCACCAGGGACUCGUAUGUGGCAUCGGAGAUGCUUCGAAUCUUCAUGUCACUGCUUGUGGGAAUCACGUCAGGCAUGUGGAUCUGGUCGGCAAAAACCCUCCAUACCUGGCAACGCUGCUCUGCCCGCCUGCUCAGGGAUAGCAGGGCGAGCCGAGGGGGCAAGAGGGUGCCGGGGGAGGGCUGGAUCAAACCGGGGAAAGGCAAUGAGACAGUGGUGUGAGGAGAAAGAGAGAACCGACAGGAAUGGACUUCUACCUGCCUUACUCUCACUUACAUCAAACUCACUCUGCCUGAUGAAGGAGGGAGAGGCUAGAGAAUCAAGAGGUGAGAGGGAGAUGAAUAAUGUGACACAGGAGCGUAGCAGGAGAUUCUCAAGGAAGCCACUGGGUGUAAUGGCAUCGGAAAAGAUUGCUAAGAGUCACAAGCAUGCCUCACUUCAUCUAACUGACUCUGUGCCUCUAAUAAGAGCUAAGACAGAGAAAAAAAGGAGGACUGAGUCAUACCUAAGUAGCAACAGUUGCCUCUCUACCUCUGUUAGACUUUUUGUGCAGAGAGACAGAGAAAGCAAAAAAAUUAAAGAGAAAGAGAGACGGGAAAGGCGGAACCGAAGCAUCAAUAUGCAGACCAGACACACCGAUAAGCUGUGUAGCACCACGUCUACCUCUCUGUCUCUCUUUUCUCCACAGCCCUCAGCAGAAGAGACUGAACCUGCUGGAUACAGUAAACCCUUAUGUUGUUGUGUGUUUUUAGGGUCUUUUGAAGUUUUCAAAUUUUACACUGGAGGGUCCUGGUGCAGAUAUUAUACAGAUCUAGGGCUGAAGUUUCCCAAAAGUAUCUGACACCUUGAGAGCCCCUUCCACAUAGGGAAAUGAAAGGACAAUGAAAAUCUGAAAUAUACUUACAUCUGCAGUAAGUUUACAUUUGAACAUUAUUCUACAUUUUUUGUAAAUUAUACCUUUUUGUACAAUGUAAAAGAACAGGUAUUAUUGCUCAGAAAUUUUUGGGAAACCAGCUCUAAGCUGUAAUUAUGCACUAUAAUUAUGUACAGUAUGUGAAGUGUCUGUGCUUGUCACAAGUGCAUUACCAGGGAUGGCAGUGGUGGGACUAAUAACAAACAAAUAUAUAUUAAUAUGCACAGAGCCAUUAACAGGGAGAGUUUGGUCAGUUUUCAUUAUAAACUACAUAGAAAUAAUAACUAAUGUGGUUUAUUGUUCAAAAGUGUGAAAAAUAAAUCACAAUCAUUUUUCUUAUUAUGAAGGCGUAAAGAAGAUUUUUUAAAAAUCUGUCUUGUACAUUUAGUUUGUGGUAGAUAUGAAGUCAUACCACAAUGAAUCCUGGGAAUACCCCAGCUGUGCCUUUUAUUGACCCAUAAAUGUGGAAGUGGUGAGGCAUCUGGGAAAUGUAGGCCUGUGUGUUUUACCUCAGCAGUCUAUGAGAAGCUCAGCUAAUUUCCAGUGAUAUGUGCAGUCCUCUUGGAAACACUGCACUGUAUAUGCUCUUAAGUUACCAUGAAAUCCAGGAAAUUAAAUUAUUCCCUCUGCCCUCUUGUCCAAACAUCGGACCCGAGGCAGGUUAAAGAAUUAGAGGUUAUUAGACAAUCACUUGCCAAAAGACACAUUAUGCAAUAACAAAGAGCUGUGACAGACACAUGCAUAUGCAGGUAUACACACAUAGGGAUCAGUUCCCACGAAUCUCAUCCACCAGCUCAUCCAUAACCAAGCUAUGAUCACUGUCAGAAGGCAGAGAAAAAAAACACUAAGAACAAGAGAGUGUAUCUGUCAAAUUUUGGUCGCCUGCUUCUCGGUCUGUGUCCAUGUAUUUUUCUCAAUUACUUCAGUUCAAUAAGGCCAUUAUAGAAGCACAAUGAAAUUGGCACUAUUAAUAGGCGUGUCUGUUCUGCCUGCAUAUCUGUAUGUCUGUCUGUCUGCUUCUCUUUAACCUUGUCUACUGCAUCAUGACUCAUUUCCCAGACAAUCAAGUCAUCCCUGGAAAAGAUUAUUGUACAUUACUUUCAGAAUUUCAUGGAUGAUAGAGAUGAGAUUUGGAUUCACUGCGUCUAGCGGCGAAUUUUGUUUCCACUAUUUUAAUCUUGCUGUUCUUCUCAAUAACUCUAAGCUUUAAUUACAAUAAUUUGACUCCUCAUGUCUUACUGCUGCAUUCAGCGAAAUCAAAUUCUGCAUCUGCUCCUGUGUACCAGUAUAUUUUUGCCUGACAAUCUAUCUAGCAAAGCUCUUGUAUUUCAAGUGAGUCUUUGAAUGUAUAAAUAUGUGGGGUGUGUGUCACAUUACGCCUUGUACAUCUGAGUAAAACAAUUUGGUUCUGGGCGAUUUUAAUGUAUAAGGGCUUGAAUAAUUUGGGGCUUUGCCCUCUUGUGUCUCAUCUGAAACCAGUUAGUGCCUCACACAGCCUGUCAUUGGUAUUUUUUUUAGAAAAAUAUUUACAAUGGGACAGAAAAAGAUUUUUCUCAAAAUAUGUUAAAUGUAACCUCACCCUUAUUGCUUUCAAAGAUGCUUUUUGGUGGUUCUGGUGAAACCUAGAACCCAGAAAAAACAGUGUGUUUCUCAAACCAGCAUAACUUGGCACACUUUUCCAAAGUCAAACAAACAUUACAUUGAGUUAAAGUGAAUUAAAUUAACCUCUGAGCUAAUGCAGUUUCCCUCUUAAACUGUUUUAAUGUUUUGGCAUUCUCCCCUUGUAUGAUCACAUUGAGCUUCAGGUGACAUUUCCAAUCACUGAAUAGUCAUGCCUUGAAACACAGAGAGUGUGUGUGUCACAGCCUAAUGAAGAUUGAGAACCACUGGUAAUACAGAUUUGUAAAUGCUUUUCGAGAAGCCUACAUAUGAAUCAGUGUUGGGGGUUGGUUCACCAACAGUGAUCGUAGCCUUUAAGGUCUUUCAUUUGUGUAGAAAAACUCAGUGUCUUGAUGAUGUCAUCAAUGUAUUAUAAAGAAAUUGCUAAUUUAUCCUUGUACAAAAAGUGACAAAAAAAUUUAAAAUGUUUGUUAUUUAAAAAACACUUUUGUAUCAGAAGAUGAUGAAUAAAAACUUUUUGGUUUCCAAUAUGUUGGAACUGAUUAA